AUGAUAGCGAGUACGUCGACGUGUCUUGCGCUUUGCUGCGAUUUUGUAGUACUCACUCUCGCCCAAUGUCGUUGCGCGCUCAGCGGUGAUUUAAUCUAUGAAACAACGCUGCCACCGCACGACAAGGAAUCGCAUACCAUCCGAGAGUUGCGCCGCCGUAAUGCAGCGUUUAUGGUUGUAGAACCCCUUGACGAAGUCUCCUGUUCGGCAAUCCUAAAGAUGUAUGAACACAGGUUCUCAAGCGAGCUGGAUCCCGAAGAGAAGCAGCUGAUCGUAGCCGCUCGCGGAAGCUCCAGUCCGCUCUACGUGAGGCUAUUGCUGAAUGGGCUCGAGCUUUUUGACCCCAGCGAGAGUGACCAGCGCCACCAAUGGCUUGAGCAAGCCUGUGAGAGCAAUCAGCUGAAUGGCGUCUACGAAUUUUUGAUGAAGCAGUGGAAUGCCAUUCUGCUGAAGGAUUCGUUUGCCGAACUGCAAGAACGUACAGCAAUGCUGGAGGCCGCGGCGUCAAACACCUUUAACAAAGAUAUCGAGCGCCUCCAGGUCACCAUCGAACAGCGCUCCCUUCUGGUUCGCCACACGCUGUCACUUCUCGCAGUGUCUCGCUAUGGACUAUCCGAGAACGAUUUUGUUCGUCUUUUUGGCGAGAGCAUCUCUCGAAGCGUUUGCCAGCAGCUGCUGACCCUACUUAAACCACACUUGAUGACAAUUCACCGGUACGACUGUGGACCAGCUCCUCAAAGCCCGGCGGCGGGCUCUAUUGCUGCCUCGGCCUGUAAUUCUAUCAGAGCUAGUGGCAAUCAAGAUAACGGUGACGAGGGAGUCGUGCUUUAUGACCUCAGUCACAACCAGUUGAGGAUCCUUACUCGAUACGGUUUUCUGAGUGACGACCAGCUGCGUGGUUGCUACUAUCGAGAGCUCGCCGUGUACUUUGAAGCGAUGGAGGCUUGCCAGCGUCGUGUGGACGAACUUCCCGUGCAGUUGGAGCGCUGCUCGAUGUGGAGCGUGCUGCAAAACUCACUCGUGAAUAUGAAGAUGUUCCAGUUGUGGUGGAGCGAGCGGAAUCGGCAGGAGUUCUUCUUUUACUGGAUGGUACUAUCGGCGAAUUGCUCUAUGCACGAUCCAGUAGACGACUUCAUCCGCUCACUGGACGAAUACAUCGCCCAAGAAUCCCCGAGCAUGGAACAGUUGCUGGCCAUUUUCCUUACGAUCACCGACUUCUUGCGCGCGUGGCAGAAAAUUGACGAGUCCCGCGUCGUGAACCUCGUUCUGAAUCGGCCAAAGCCCCCUCAGCUUCAGGAAUUCCUGACUGGCCUUGGCACCUUCUCGACGUCCAACUUGUCCGAAAGCGAGGCAGAACGGGUGCAAAAAGAGAUCGAGGCUCUCGUCAUUCACCCAGAGGAUGGCUACUACGUUCGAAGGUGGCUCUGGACACAGUUCCCGCUGAUCGGGACUGCGUUUGAGAGUCGAGUCUUCCGUAGUGUCGGCUCAGGCCGAACCCCAGCUGAUACGCUGAACAGUCCUGUAGGCGUUGUGCUACCUAAAGGCAUUAUCAAGGCAAAGAAGGCGUUGGUGCCAACUAAGCGUCGACCUCAGCACAAAGUUUUGACCUCGCUCGCACUUGAUAGCGUCACUGAGGAGAUUGGGGCGCUCGAGUUUCUGUCAGCGGAAACGGGUGAAGGUUCCGUCUCAAAGCUUGAGAGCCAACUCAUGGAGCUACGGAUGAAGUACGACAGGAUCAAAUUCCUUGCGCGUGAACGAAAUGAAGCGCUCAAGUCGGUCGAAUCUCGGGUGCUGGAUGCGAAGGCGGAGAUCACCGCGGCGGGUCAAAGUGCGACCCAAAUCGACGAUCUGCUCGAAAACAUUCGCAACGUGAACGACGAAGCAACGCUCGGCCGCCAGCGCAGUGAGUACUACAAGCUGAUCCUGCGCCACUGCGAGCUGAACCCGGCGCGAGACCCGAAAACGAUCGAAACUGCGGAGGCGACCGUGGCGAAGUUGAAACGCGAGAUCGUAGAUCUGCAGCAGAAGACGCAAGUGGUGUCGUACGAGAAGCGCCUUGCUAGCCUCGACGUCCCCAAGCUGGCUCAGGUAACUCAAGACAAAGCGUCAAUUCACCAGGAGGCGCUUUCACGGCUGCGGUGGCGACAGGAGCUCGAUCGUCGGCUUUACUACGCCAGCCUGUCGACGAAAGGCAGCGGACAAAUCACACUCAAGCCUAGCGCUACUGCUACCGGCGUCACCUUCACAACGGACGACUCGACGCAGACGGCUCCUGUUGACCCAAACUUCUUUCGCGCCAAGGACAAGCUGAUUCACAUGAAGGAGACGUCGCUGGCCAGGCAAAAGAACGCUGAAAACCUGCAGCUAUACGUCGGAAGCGCCUACAAAGACGACGGGAUACUGGGCGCUCUUCGGCAGGUCGGCAUCAACAAGCCAGAGGAGGCGCUGCUUUGCUGGCAAAACCAGCUCGACCACUCCGUUCAGCUCGAGGAGGAGGAAAAGCAGGCGGAGCAGCGCGUGCUCGAGUACCGCGAGAAACUGGAGCUCCUGCAGACUCAAUUCGUGAACCUCAAGCUCAGCGGCAGCUCUAGCGGGCGGGUGGAGGGAUCGACGGAGGACGACGCAAACAAUGCGAACGGGGACGACGAAGCUGCAGCCUCCAAAACGAGCGUCAACGUCAAGAUGCUGGAGAAGCAGUUGGCCGAGGCAAAUGCUGUCAAGCAGAAGAAGAAGGAGCGAGCAGCGCGGUUGCGCUCGCUGCACGAGAAACUGCAACUGGGCCUGCUGCACAUCGCUCAGUUACUGGGCGUGGCCUCUGUCCAGCAGCUAAACGCUCUGGAGCUUGUGGACUCCAUCGAAAAGGUGGUGCGGGUUGUGCUCGGUGGCGAAGCCCACCUGCAGGCGGCGCCCAGCCCCAGCUUCCGCCACAAGAACAGCACGCGAAUGGUCAACGCACCGGGACAAACGGGAGACCCCAUGGGCCUGCCGUCGGACACGCGCAGCGACGACGACAAGGUGCGCUACAACAUCCGUGUAUCGCGGACCGAGAAGCGCCAGAUGAACCCGUACGUAGACGCGGAGUUUGACGAAGACGACCACGAAGACGACUUCGAUGAAGACGAAGACGACGACCGCAAUGAUGCUGGCAACAGUACAGAGCAUAGCGACGACUACGACGGAUCGCCGGGCAAGACUCGAGCCCCCUCUGCGCGCGAUGACUCCAACACGGUGAAGAAGCGCCGCGACAUCAAGAACCGGUCCAAGCUCGAGAUGGAGAAGAAGAGAGCUGCACAGAAGAAAAAGACCAAAGACUAG